AUGUCGGCUCACGCAAUGAACGCUGGUCGCGAAGUUUUGUGGUGGCCCGACAUAAAGGCGAAUCAGAUCAUGGGAGGUAAGGAGCGACAAUGGCAGCUGAGUGAGCUAGAUGAGUGGCGCCAGCAGGCAUACGAAAACUCCUCAACUUACAAAGCAAGGACUAAGAAAUGGCAUGAUCAAAGGAUUCGUGAGCCUAAGGAAUUUCAGUUUGGGGAUCGAGUCGCUUUACAACUCUCGGCCGUCUGCUUCCCCGGAAGCUGCACUCGCUGGUCCGGACCAUUUCAGAUCGGACAAGUCUUUCCAUAUGGAGUGGUAGAGUUGCAUCAUCCAGAGAAGGGGAACUUCAAAGUGAACGGCCAUCGGCUAAAGCGAUAUCAUUGUAACUCGUUGGAUAGUGAGCAACGAGUUGACCUGGCUUUGUAUGCACAGAAAGGGUGA